AUGAAGAUAUUCGCCAGGAAUCCUGUGCAAAGCUUACUACAGUUUCGAUGCGUUCAAUCAAGUGGAAGGGCAUUAAAUGUUCUUCUAGGUCACCUCUGUCCAAAGUGUUCUAGAAAACAUGAGGGCACAACUUCAGGAAGCAAUACCACUACCACUGGAUGCACAUGUCUGCGAUGGUUCUUCACACCAUCAAGUAAUGAUUCUGCAACUGUACCAACCGCCAAUGGUGGAAAUACUGAAGUUCUCACCGCCCAGCCACGAGAAAAUGGUUUUGAUCCUAGUUACCAGUUGGACGAUGCGGAUAAGUCAGUUUCAGCUGUUGGCCACCGUCAGAAAUCAAGCAUGCACCAUAGACUGAAAAUAUGGAUCAGCAGUGGCCAUAGUGGCAUAAUGGGAAGGUAUGGAAAUAAGUUGGACUCGGGUGUCGCCAAUGUGGCUAAGCCGUCAUCAGAUGAGCCUGUUGAUCCUGGAUGGCCAGAUUGGCUCAUGAAUGUGGCACCAGAGGCAGUACAAGGAUGGUUCCCUCGGCGACUGGAUUCAUUCGAGAAAUUAGGCAAGAUUGGACAAGGAACUUAUAGUAGUGUCUACAAAGCCCGAGAUCUUAAAAUCGGCAAGCUUGUCGCUCUGAAAAAAGUGCGCUUUGUUAAUGUGGAUCCUGAAAGCGUACGCUUCAUGGCUAGAGAAAUUCUUGUUCUAAGGAAACUCAAUCAUCCAAAUAUCAUAAAUUUGGAAGGGAUAAUUACAUCUUCUGUUUCACGAAGCCUGUAUCUUGUAUUUGGGUACAUGGAACAUGACCUUGCUGGCCUUUCUGCAACUCCAGGCCUCAAGUUCACUGAGCCACAGGUCAAGUGCAUACUGCAGCAGUUACUUAGUGGCCUCGAUCACUGCCACAGCCAUGGAGUCUUGCAUCGGGACAUGAAGAGUUCCAACAUCUUGAUUGAUAGCAACGGUAUUCUGAAGAUCGCAGACUUUGGCCUAGCAACAUCUUUUGAUCCAGACAACCAGCAGCCGCUGACAAGCCGUGUAGCGACAUUGUGGUACAGACCACCUGAACUUCUUCUCGGUGCCACCAAGUAUGGUCCUUCUGUGGAUAUAUGGAGUACAGGGUGCAUUCUUGCAGAAUUGCUUGCUGGCAAACCAAUCUUGCCUGGAAGAACUGAGGUGGAGCAACUUCACAAAAUUUUCAAGCUCUGCGGAUCACCUUCUGAGGAGUAUUGGGAUAAAUUGGAAGUGCCCCAAACAGGGAUGUUCAAGCCUGGUAGGCAGUACAAGGGAUGUAUUGCUGAAAUUUUUAAGGAUUUUCCUCACUCAGCUCUGAUUCUUCUAGAUAGUUUGCUUGCCUUAGAACCAGAAGCUCGUGGAACAGCUGCCACCACUCUGCACAGUGAUUUUUUCAGAACAAGCCCACUUGCCUGCAGCCCCUCGGGCUUACCGAAGUGUCCACCAAGCAAAGAGUAUGAUGCCAGACUCCGAAGGGAGGAAGAUAGGAGGCAAAGAAAGGCAGCUCAGGGUGAAAAUUUGAAUCCUAAACUAAACCAUGCUGAUGAUGGCAAUGGCAAACCAAAGAAAGACAAAGAUACUGCAACAGAUAUCAAUAUUGCAAAUCUCAACUCACAGUAUGAAACACGGACAUUAGCUACUGGGGUGCAAUCUCAAGAAUUUGACUCCACAUGGAACAUGAGGGGAGAUUCCAGUGACCAUUCUGAGGUACCUGGACGCAAAUACAAUUCUGUUCGGGUGGCGAACUCAACUGCCAUGCAGAAAAACAGAUCAAAUAUGUGUCAACCUGAAUCUGCUGAUGCAACGAAUGAAGAGUUCACUUCUUAUAACAAUGGCUCAGGGAAGAAGCGCCCAAUUGUGAGCUACAAGGGCAGGAGCAGAAGAUUUCAGCACUAUGAAUCAAUGAUAGCCGAAAAUGAAAGCAUGGAACGGAUGCUCAAGCAGCAUGAAAAGAACAUCCAAGAAGGGGUGCGCAAAGCGCGCAUUAACAAGAGCAAAGAGUUGUGA